CCUGAUGAACACGUGGAAGCGGCGCUGGUGCGUUCUGAAGGACGAGACCUUCCUGUGGUUUCGGGCCAAGCAGGAAGCUCUGAAGCAGGGCUGGCUGCACAAGAAGGGCGGGGGCUCAUCUACACUUUCACGCCGAAACUGGAAGCGUCGCUGGUUUGUGCUGCGGCAGAGCAAGCUCAUGUACUUUGAGAACGACGGCGAAGACAAGAUGAAGGGCGUGCUGGAUAUGCAUGAUGCCAAAGAAAUCAUUGACAACACUGGUAAGGAGAAUGGAAUCGACAUUGUUAUGCCAGAGCGGACCUACCACCUGAUUGCGGAGUCUGCCGAGGAUGCCAGCCAGUGGUUCAGCGUGCUGAGUCAGGUCCAUGGCUCGACAGAACAGGAGAUCAGAGAGAUGCACGAUGAGCAGGCCAACCCCCAGAAUGCUGUGGGCACGCUGGAUGUGGGGAUGAUCGAUUCGGUUUGUGCGUCAGAUAAUCCGGAGAGGCCCAACUCCUUCGUCAUGAUCACGGCGAACCGCGUGCUGCACUGCAACGCCGACACACCCGAGGAGAUGCACCACUGGAUCACUCUACUGCAGCGCUCCAAGGGAGACACCCGUGUCGACGGGCAGGAGUUCAUCAUCCGAGGCUGGUUGCACAAAGAGAUGAAGAACAGUACCAAAACCUCACUGAAGCUGAAGAAGCGCUGGUUCCUGCUUACCCACAAUUCCCUAGACUACUAUAAGAGCUCAGAGCGUAACGCCCUGAAGCUGGGAACGCUGGUGCUGAACAGCCUCUGCUCAGUGGUUCAGCCAGACGAAAAGGUCUACAAAGAAACCGGCUACUGGAACGUGAUCGUGUACGGCCGUAAACACUCGUACCGUCUCUACUGUAAGCUGCUGAAUGAGGCCACACGUUGGGCCAACUCCAUCCAGAAUGUCAUCGACACCAAAGCUCCGAUCGACACGCCGACCCAGCAGCUCAUCCAGGACAUCAAGGAGAACUGUCUGAACUCAGAGGUGGUGGAACAGAUCUACAAGAGGAACCCCAUCCUUCGCUACAGCCACCAUCCGCUGCACUCGCCACUGCUGCCACUGCCCUACGGAGACAUCCACCUCACCACUCCAAGAAACAGAAGCUACACAACGCUGCAGGAUGAAGCGCUCAAAGUGUUCAGCUCUCUGCAGCACCUGGAGGGCGUGGGCGACCCGGUGCCCAUCAUCCAGGGCAUCCUGCAGACGGGCCAGGAGCUCAAACCGCUGCGGGACGAGCUCUACUGCCAGCUGAUCAAGCAGACGACACGGCCGCCGCAGCCGGGCAGCCCUGGGAACCUCUGCAGUUGGAAGAUCUUGGCCUGCAUGUGCUGCACCUUCAUCCCAACCAGGAGCAUCCUCAGAUACCUCAAGUUCCACCUGAAGAGGACUCGAGAGCUCUUCCCUGGUUCGGAGAUGGAUCGUUACGCCGCCUUCGCCCUUGACUCCCUGAGGAAGACUCGAGCCAGGGAGAACGUCCCGUCGCAGGAGGAGAUCCGCUCCAUUGUGGCCCGGCAGGACAUGAGCACCACAGUUCACUGCCAUGGAGGAGGCUCCUGCAAGAUCACCAUCAACUCACACACAACAGCUGGAGAGGUGGUGGAGAAGCUGAUCCGAGGCCUGGCUAUGGAGGACAGCAGGAACAUGUUUGCUCUGUUUGAACACAACGACACCACAGAGAAAGCCAUCGAGAGCCGCACUGUGGUGGCCGACGUGCUCGCCAAGUUUGAAAAGCUUUCAGCCAGCCCAGAAGAACACAACACCGGCUGGAAGUUUUACUUCAAGCUCUACUGCUUCUUGGACACAGACAAUGUUCCCAAAGACAGCGUGGAGUUUGCCUUCAUGUUUGAACAGGCUCAUGAAGCAGUCAUUCGUGGUCAGUAUCCAGGCCCUGAGGAGACUCUUCAGUUCCUGGCUGCCCUCAGACUUCAGUACCUCCUGGCCGAUCACAACCCCCAGGCCAACAUCCCUGAAAUGUCCCAGGUGUUCCCCAUGGCACGGUUGCGGGCCCGGGUGCAGAACUCGGCCAAGACAUUCGCUCCAGGCACCGGCUCAGUGGCAGACCGUUCUGGGACAUCAGAGAGGAAACGCUCGAGCUUCCUGGAGGGGACGCUGAGGCGGAGCUUCAGGAGCGGCUCGCUGAGUCGGCAGAAACUGGAGGAGGAGAACAGCCUGGAGGUGUGGAUGAGGGAAGAGGCGGCGGCGGUGAAAACCAGCGUGAUGGACAAGUGGAGGAAGCUGCAGGGGAUGAACCAGGAACAGGCCAUGGUCAAAUACAUGACUGUGGUGAAGGAGUGGCAGGGAUACGGAUCCACACUGUUCAAUGUAGAGUGUCGUGACGGAGCGUUCCCUACUGAGCUGUGGUUGGGCGUGAGCCGGGAAGCCAUAUCUGUGUACAAACGAGGGGAGCCGUGGCCUCUGGAGGUUUUCCCGUAUGAACAGAUUCUCUCCUUCGGAGCUCCGCUGGCCAACGCCUACAAGAUUGCCGUGGAGGGCAGAGAGAUUGUCUUUGAAACGCAAAUGGUGAUGGACAUCGCCAAGCUGAUGAAGGCCUACAUCAGCAUGAUCGUCAAGAAGCGCUACAGCAACUGUCAGUCCGUCAGCAGCCACGGCAGUCAGUGUAGCGCCUGGUGAACUCCGCCCCCUUUAACCUUUCACCUUAAGCCACUUGCCGGAGAGCUGCAGAGGGUCGAGCGUGGUCGCUGCUGGCCGUGCAUGGACGCCCAUCCUGGCGCUCUGAAGAGAGCAGCUCAGACAUUUGACACUCAGACUGACUCUGUGAAUGCUGGAGACAAACCACAAAGCUCUUAAUGUUAACUAGCCCAAAUUAUUUUUUGGACUGGUUUCAUUCCAAAACAUAAAACAUCCACAACUGACAGACCAGGACUUAAAAAGAAACAUUCAUUUCAGGCUGGUACAAUGGGUCCGCUCUGCUAAAUUUCACACACAGAGUAUGAACAAUUUGAACAGUUUUAUCCAGCUCCGUCGCCACAAGAAAAUCUUGGUAUUGUACAUCUCUGCAAAUCACAAAUACGUUACAAUUGUAUAUUUCAUACAUAUCAAGCAACAUUUCUAAAGUGACGUAGUAUAUGAGCUGACUCACCAGGAGGUUGAGGGGAUACCAGCCAAGGUGCAGACCACAGUUUGAGGCCACCAAACUAGUUGUUUAUUUAGGGACCUGUCACUGUGUUUUUAUCAGCUUUUAGCCACUUGACAUGAGUGCUUUGUAGCAACCCGUCACUGUUUUUCAACUGGGGAUAGUGCCUUAAAGCUAUAGUGUGUAACUUCUACAGGUCCGUAAAUGUCCGUUUCACCCAAGCCACUACUAGAGAUGACACAAUGCUGAUUAAGCCGAUCGGCUCUUCUAACAUCUUGCGGUAUUUUUCAAUAUAUAUCAUUUUUAGUAUGCGUGUCGACCGGCGACAUUCCCAUGCUGGCACACAGGAAAUGCUUCCUCACAACAAGAAGGGGGGGAGAGAGAAGGGCGGAGAGUGUCAUAGCAAGAGGUAGAGCGCAGGUAGAAAGAGAAAGCAGGUCGAGACACGGCUCAGAAGUGGAUCCUACCACAAAGGCAAGUGUUACUCUGUGUACAUGGUGUGUGCCGACUGGCGAGUGUUACUCUGUGUACAUGGAAGUGCCGCCGGCUUAUUAGUUGUAAUAACGCAUUAUCCGCUGGGAGGCGACAGAAGUUACGCACUAUAGCUUUAAAAAGUGGUUGUUUUUCGAGACAUCAUUGCGUUUCUUGCCAGACUUGCAUCAUGUAUUUUGCAUCGUUGUGUUUCCAGUAGGGGUUGUGCCACCGAAACUGGGUAUGUUAAGCCAAAACAUUUUCCCCAACCAUAUCCAAGCAGUUUCUGUGCUUAAACUUAACUGCGCAUCAACCAUAGCAUCGUCGAAACGUAAAGAAAGAAAUUUGAAAUGUAAUGUUUCAAUGUAUCUGUCACAUAUUCAAGUACGAAUGUAUAAAAAGGUUUGCAGAAACCUACAAUGCCAACAUUUUUUGUGGUGACUAGGUCGAGUUAUCAUGAGGAAAAAUUGAUAAAUCAACCUGAAUACCCUAAAGUACCAACACUAAAGCCACGAAAGGCUCGAGAACCUUGAAUCUAAGGUUUUAUGCGUGGUAUAGCAUCUAUAAAAUGAUCAAAGUUUUCACAAAGUGUAUUUAAGGGAUGAUCUAAGAUCAGUGGUUCCCAACUGGUCAAGUUCAAGGUCCACACAGUUUUAUGUAUUCAGCGUCGUACUUGCGUUUGGCCAUGUCGUCAAGCUAGUUUGCUGUCACUCAAGUAGCUGUCCAUUAGUCAUUCACUCUACAGCAGGAAACAGCACUUGAAAAUAAAAGGUCUGUGCCAGAAAUUCACUGUACUUAAAAAAUAAAGAAUUAUUUUACAAACUUGACACGUUUGCAAGACACUUGCAGUCCAUUCAGAAUGGACCAACGACCCACCAGUUGGGAACCCCUGGUCUAAGGUAACACAAUGUUGUGUUUAACAGCAAAACCCAGAAGAGUAUCCAAGUGUCUUAGUUCAAUAUCAAAAUAAAACUGCACUGAAGUGGCCCAUAGCAUUGACCAGAACAAACAGAAUGAAGGUAACUGAUCUAGUAAUUUGAGGACACAACGAAUAGACAAGAACAAAAUCUGCAACAGGAACAGUUGAUCAAAACUUUUCCUCCUGGGCAAAUUCACUGAUUCUCAGACCAAAGAAAACCAGCUGAAUCUUAUUUUCUCAUCAGUCCUCAUUUAGUCAGUUUACUCUGUUAGUGUGGAUGUGUCUUGUUUUGGAAUUAAACCGUUCAUUUCUCUCUGAUGCUAAUGUGCUGUGGCACUACAAGGACUGUUGCUGCAGGAUGGGGCUAUUUGUUACUGAGGUUUUUGUUUGUGUGUGUUAGUGUGUGAGAAUGUGAGUUUCAAGAGAGGUGUCUGUCUACAUUUCUGAAUGUACCAAAAAAAAAAAAAACAGCAGAGAAGAUAAAGAAAAUAGUUAAAGCCUACAAGCCUUUUCCUCUGCUUUGAAAAACUCUGGGACUUGACCUUCUAUACAGACUUUCUCCAGGAUGAUCUGUUCACUGUAAAUAAUAUGCAACUGUAAUUGUCUCAAGCAUUUCAAGUUUGUGAUUGAUUGUGUUAAUUGAUUUGCCGGUGACUUCAAAGGUCACACAAGUGCCUGUACAAACUAAAGCAGGACGAACUGAACUCGGAUCAGCCUUUGUCUUAUCGAUGCCACUCUUGUUCCAGUGUAACCGCAAUCUGGAAGGUGCUCCCAUGUUCCCUUUAACUGCCAAUGUACUUUUACACUGCAGAGUCCACCCAGCUACGCAAGUCAUUCAAGCUAAACUCCAAAUUAUUUUCUUCUCACAAGUCUAUUAGGUUUUUAACACCAAUAAGCGUGCCCCAAAACAACUGUAUCACGUUUAUCACUGCAAACACCUCUGCAUUUCAUUAGCAGUGUUGAAUUUAGCCAGAUCUGAAGUGUAAAUAGUCAAAGUGAUACGCCUGCAAGAGACUGGACCUGGUGUGGCUAGAUAUGUUAGUUUCAAAUGUAAUAAGUGCAGGGUUUUGAGAAGUGUUUUGGAUUGGAGCUAGUUCCAAGUUUCCAAAGAACUAUGGUUGGUUCGUAAAGCAGUCUAUUCUUGCUGUGAGAUGAUAGAAGUUUGUCAACAGAGUUCUGCAGAUUAACAAAAACCUAACAUUCCUGUCAGAUUAUUUAAUCCGUAAACAGUCUCCCGUUUGGUUCAGUUCAAUCAAACAAAUUGUCUGCCCCUUAUGCGGUUCGUUUGGGCAGGUGUGAACACAGCAAUCACACUCGACCUUCCUAAAGAGGUCGUCUCAGUCUAGUUACAAACGAACUCUGGUGCGGUCCUGACCAAUCAAGAGCAGUUUUCUCUUGAGUUGGUGAUGUUGAAACAGUGGGAAGACAAACUAAGACCGCUUUUGUGAGUUUUAUUUCGUCUCUGUUGACUUAAAUAAAGUGCGUGUUAAGAUGAUAAAAUUACCACUUAUUGAAAUGGAGUCUGGUGGGUUUGACGAUAGCGAUUUCAGGGCUGUUUCUAGUUAAACAGAAAUGAUCCAACUCUUUAACAAAAAGGUCUAUCUCUGUAGGGAUCCUUUCCAUAAUGUUGCUUCGCUCUCGCUCAAUAAUGGACCAAUUUUUAAAAUUUUCCCAGUAGUCACUCAGACACAAAAACAUGGAAAAUUAGGAACAAGGCUGGAAAAAUACAGAAAUUACACUUUAUAGGAACCAGGAACUCAUUAGAAAAUGUUUUUAAUCAGCCACUAAAAUGACACGUCACAAUUGUUAUUUUUGAAUUGCAGCGACACAAACAUUCCCUUUAAACCACAGGAGCUUGCAGCCAUCGAUCACAUCACAUUAGAUAGUUUUGGGCUUUUUUUUGUAAUGUUUGGAGAGAGAUAAGUGAUGGUUCUUCUGGUUGAGUACGUUAUCCACACCACACCUUUUAUAGAACAUUUAAGUGCUUUAAAGCGUUACGCACUUCCCCUUAAAGUAACUCAGACUUCAAUGAUUGAAACACUAUAAGAAAUACAUGGAUGAUUUUGAUGCGAUCAGUCAGAUUUUAGUUUGUAUGACUUGCUCAGUUGGACCGUUUGCAAUGUAACAUUCCUACAACAACAUUUCACUGGAGCUCCGCAGGCGGCAGAUCCAUCCAAAGACGCGUGUGCAGGUUUCUUCCACAGUGCCUUGUUGUAUAUUGUGUACACUUAUUUUAUUUUCCAUGUGUGGUUUCUUUGGUUUUUUUUUUGGUAUAAUGUGCAAUGUUAUAUAUAUAAAUAUAUAUGUUAUAUAAUCACGUGGCUGUACAUUUUAUACAAGUCUUUGCCCUCUAUUUUUCCCCUGAAUGACGACCACAUGGUGGUUUUCACGAGAUAAAAACUUGUAUUUUUCUCUACGCAACCAUCCGACUGACAGUGGAUCUUUGACACAAUACUGGUAUCUUGUUUUUUAUCUGUAUUAGCUGUGUUAUGUAUUGAAAGGAUGAUUCUGACAAUAAAUGGUUACAUAUUUGGUUUGAAGUCGCAGGCA